AUGGAGGGUAAGGAAGUAAUAGUCAUAUCAUUAUCGUCUGUGAAAGAUAGGAUGCUAAGCAAUAUUAGAUGUAAACAGGAGGAUGAUGAUGGGAGUACUUUACUGAAAAAGAACAUGGACAUGAUGGAGGAUUGUUUUAUUCUUGAUUUUAACCCUUUUGAUUCGAUGGACAUUGCCAAGCUCUCCAUCACCAUCCAGGACGCCCAUGAUGAUGAUGAUGAUGAUCUCACUGUUGUCGCUGAGAAGGGCAAGGUUGCUUGUAGAGAUUAUCCACAUUCAAGGUAUCUUUGUCUGCGAUUUCCCUUUGAUAAAACACCUCAUGAAAAGCAUUGCUACCUGUGUUACUGUUAUGUUUGUGAUUUAGUGGCGCCAUGUGAGUUUUGGACGAAACAUUGUCAUGCAUCGGAGCAUGUUGAGGAUUAG